GGAGGAAGGAGGAUGAGAGAUAGCAGCGCUGCAGAGAGAGAGAGAGAGAGAGAGAGCACCCUGCCUGCCUGCCUCUUCUUUUUUUGCAGACGAGUGUUUACUUCCACUUUCCCUGAGAGCCGGUUAUCUCCCCCCCUGCGUGAGUCAUGGAAGUGAUUUAAGUGAGUGGAGCGUCGUGGAGCGGAGAGGCAGCAGGAGGAAAAAAGAAAGAGAGCCACAGAUCCGUCUGUGCGUCUGCGCCGUGGACAGGCCGACUCAUUUUGAGAUCAAGGAUCAAUGCAAGCCGAAAACAACCUGACCACGUCAGAAACCAGUGAUCUUGAGGCUCAUGUGGAAGUUCGUGGACAAGAUGAGGUGUUUCAGGAAACGAUCCAUGUUCCCUUUCCUCGGCUUCCUCAUCUGCUUCCUCCUCUUCUUCAACCUUUACAUGGAUGACGGAUUUGUUCUGGAGGCUGAAAAAAGACAGCUGGGAGAGACGCUGAUGCAUCCUGUAAACUCUGAGCGAUACGUCCACACGUUCACAGAUCUGUCCAACUUCUCCGGAACCAUCAACGUGACGUAUCGCUACCUCGCCGGAAUUCCUUUACCGCGCAAAAAGUAUCUCACCAUCGGUUUGUCAUCCGUCAAGAGGAAAAAGGGGAACUACCUUCUGGAGACGAUCAAAUCCAUCUUUGAUCAGUCCAGUUACGAGGAGCUCACAGAGAUCGUGGUCGUGGUCCACCUGGCAGACUUUGACCUGGUCUGGUGUGAGAACCUGGUGCAGGAAAUCACCAGGAAGUUUGCCCACCACAUCAUAGCGGGACGCCUCCUGGUGAUCCAGGCCCCGGAGGAGUACUACCCGUCUCUGGACGGGCUGAAAAGGAACUACAACGACCCGGAGGACCGGGUCCGUUUCCGCUCCAAGCAGAACGUGGACUACGCUUUCCUCCUCAACUUCUGCACCAACCUCUCUCACUUCUACAUGAUGUUGGAGGACGACGUGCGCUGCUCCAGGAACUUCCUGACGGCGCUGAAGAAGGUGAUCACCUCCAGGGACGGUUCCUACUGGGUGAUGCUGGAGUUCUCCAAGCUGGGCUACAUCGGGAAGCUGUACCACUCCAGAGACCUGCCGCGUCUGGCCCACUUCCUCCUCAUGUUCUACCAGGAAAUGCCCUGCGACUGGCUCCUGAUCCACUUCAGGGGUCUGCUGGCCCAGAAGGACGUGAUCCGCUUCAAGCCCUCGCUGUUCCAGCACAUGGGCUACUACUCCUCUUACAAAGGAGCGGAGAACAAACUGAAGGACGACGACUUCGAGGAAGACUCCAUAGACAUUCCCGACAACCCUCCCGCCAGCAUGUACACCAACAUCAACGUCUUUGAAAACUAUGACGCCACAAAGGCUUACAGCACCGUCGAUGAGUACUUCUGGGGGAAGCCUCCGUGCACGGGAGACUUCUUCCUCAUAAUCUUCAACAAGUCGACGAAAAUCAGCAGAAUUAAAAUAGUGACGGGCACGGAGGACCGACAGAACGACGUGCUCCACCACGGAGCUCUGGAGGUGGGACAGAGGGCCGUGGACACCAAACAGGGACGACAGUGCUCCUCCUACAUCACGUUGGGGGAGUUUAAAGGCGGGAGCGUCGAGGUCGACAACGUGGACCGCAAGAUCGGCUUCGACAUCGAGUGCGUGCGAGUCGUCGUCACCGCCGGACAGAAAGAAUGGCUCAUCAUAAGAACUAUCAGUUUAUGGACCACACAGCCAGUCAGUCAGUUCAAAAAGUAACAGAGGAGGUUUUUAUAUCAUCGUCUGUAUGUACGCCGUUGUUUUUGGAUGCAAGUUCAUUUUGGACUUCUUCUGGGAAAUUUAUGUUCAUGAGAUUAAAAGUAAUCCAUAUUU